AUGAAGUUCAUGACAACCCUCGUGACCGUUAGCCUUGCUUUCGGUGCUUUUGCAGAGCCCAUCGCACAAAAGAAACGCGCUCUCGCAGACUACCAAGCUGUAUUCCAGGAUAUCAGCGACCAGGUCACCGUUAUCCAAACUGACGUGGCCUCCUACGUUGCUGGCUCGAUUGCCGGGACUGUUGUCCAGGAUGAUUCAAGCACUCUGGUAGAUGUCAUCAACAACGGUACGACUACCAUCAGCGGACUUGAUUCACUUUCCAAUCUGGAUGCCCUCGGCCUGGUAUCUCCUAUUCAAAAUCUUACAAGUGGGGUCAGCGACCUGGUUGAUGCUGUGAUUGCCGCCAAACCCAACUUUGAUGCGGACGGCCUGUCUGCCGCCACUCUAACCUCCCUGCAAACGCAGAAGAACGCUUCCGAAGGUCUUCGUGACACCAUCACCCCGAAGGUUCCAUCCGCUCUCUCUAGCAUUGCGGCCGAUCUCGCCAACGGAAUUGUCAGUGAGAUUCAGCGUGGCAUUGAUGCUUAUUCUUGA